UAAGGCAUUAAGUGGAAUGAUAAGUUAAAUUUUUUUUAGACCCCAAUAAAGGACUAUCAUGUGCCAAUUAAAGAAGUAACACAUUGGUUUGAUGAGUUUGUUGUAACAAAAAAAAGAGAAGACAUUUCGUUAUUAAUAAAAGAUCUUAUGUUGAAAUAUGAUAAAGAUUUGGAUAUUCUACCAGUGAUAUCAUUUCCAACACUUGAUGGUAAACUUGUGCAAAGAGAUGAAGAAGAUGAGGAGUUCAUGAAUGACGAACUUGAAGAGGAAUUGGAAGAGGAGGAUUAUUUGCCGGAAGACAGUAGCGAAGUGAGUGAUUCUCAUAAUGACAGUACUGAAACCCACGCAGAGCAACAGAUAGAAGAUGAAUCACCAGCAGCAGUAACGACACCAAUUACCAAUCCAAUACGCAUCAAUUUAAACAAUUCCAAACGUAAAGAGGAACAACAAGAGCCUGUUGCCAAUAAAGGUAGAGAUGGCUUCAUCGAAGAAGCAAUAUCUGACCAAUUUUUAAAGCCUGAUAUGAGCGAAACAGGUAGCAGUAGUAGUAGUCGAGAGACUCUGUCUUAUUUAAAAGCAAAACGAAUAAAUAGACACAAAAGCCUUUCCACAAUUGAUACAAAAAGAUUUAAAUCGUCUGAUGACUAAAUAAACGUUUUCCGUUAGUUAAUACGAAAAUAUUUAUUAGUAAUUUUUUUCAUUUACACAAAGCUUGAGUUUCUAUACUGUAUAAUAGCUAAUUUAAUCUGUACAUAGCGUAGAUCUAGAGAACGUGUAAUGAUACCGAUCACUUUUGUUAGCGAUACAAUAAUUGUGUAGUACUGAACGUUUAUAUUAUACAGCUUCAACAAAUAUGAUGAAUAAUAAUAAGUAAUUUAAUUAUUUCCCACUAUUAAACCCCUAAAACAGCAUAUAAGCAUUGUUUAUUCAUGCCUAAACAAUGAUAUAAGGUAUCUCAUGUAUUUAUUUUAAUUGUACUUUUAGGGUUUUUAUGACAAGUUUAAAUGAUAACUUUUUGUAUUAUAUAUUUCAUAGGCUGUAUAUAUCUAUUAGUAAUUAAACGAAAACUACGUUAGCUGUAUUACUUCUUUACCCGGUUAAAUCACUCAUUUAGUUAUAUUUCUGUUUAAGAUUUAGUAAGUUAAGUUUAGUUAUUGUUGGGAAUGUAUUGGUAUCCCUGAAAUAAAAAAUGUCAAAAAAG